ACCCCCGAGAUGGCGUCCGGCGACAGCAGCGGACAGCUCGAGCUCGCCGACAUGGCUGACAAGACGGCCGGCCUCCCCGUCGAGGAGGACCUCAUGCAGCUGGCGCGGCUGGGCGAGAUUGCGGCCAUCCAGAAGCUGUUCGACAGCGGCAAGUUCGAUGCGACGUACACGGACGGACAGGGCAUCACGCCGCUGCAUUGGGCCGCCAUCAACAACCACUACGCGCUCUGCCACUUCCUCAUCCAGUCCGGCGCGCCCCUCAACGCCAAAGGCGGCGAUGCCGUCGCGACGCCCGUGCUGUGGGCCGCGAAGCGCUGCAACUACUACAUCGUGAACCUGCUGCUCGAGCACGGCGCCGAUCCGCUGCUCACCGACGACCAGGGCUUCAACCUGCUGCACUCGGCCACGCUCGACGGCAACGUCUUCCAGCUCGUGCUGCUGCUCCACCAGGACAUGCCCGUCGACAUCCCCGACUCCCAGUCGCACACACCGCUCAUGUGGGCCGCCUACAAGGGCUACCCGUCGUGCGUCGACCUGUUCUUGCGGUGGGGCGCCAACGUCUACGCCACCGACGACCAGGGCUUCACCGCGCUGCACUGGGCCCUGGUCAAGGGCAGCCAGGGGAGCAUCCAGAAGCUGCUCGAGUACGGCGCCGACCGCUUCGCCACCAACAACGACGGCAAGACGCCCGCCAUGACCGCCGAGGAGAUGAACACGACCCGCCAGUGGCGCCGCGCCUUGAGCGAGGCUGGCUACAGGCCCGAUGCGAGUCCGACCGAGUUCCCCAUUCCUGCUGUCAAGGACUCGCGGUGGUUCCUGAGCCGCUUCAUCUUCUUCUGGCCGUUUGCCAUUCUGCUGCAGGCCCUGUGGCUGGUCAGCUACUACCCCGUGUUUGUGGGCCUGCCGCUGUCGCUCAUCAGCAGCUAUGCCAUGCAGAUGGCCGCGCAGAAGCUGCUGCGGUGGGGGCCGUCGAACAUGCGGAACAUUCACCACAGCCCCUUUCUUGCUGGCAUCUUCGCGAGCACCCUGUUCUGGGUCGGUGUGCGCUAUGUUACGACGGUUCUGCCAGGAACCAUUCGAGACUCCUUUUUCAUCAACAUUCUUUUUGCAGCCAGUUACGCACUCACGGCCUACUUCUACUUCUUCACCAUGACUUCCGACCCCGGUUUCGUGCCCAAGUCGGCAAGCAGGAGCGCCUCCAAGGCCAUUAUUGACGAGCUGAUGGAGUUACGACAAUUUGACGAACACCACUUUUGCGUAAACUGCAUGGUCCGGAAACCCCUGCGCAGCAAGCAUUGCAAGCGCUGCGAGCGUUGCGUGGCAAAGAGUGAUCAUCACUGCCCCUGGGUGAACAACUGUGUUGCGAACAACAACCAUCGCCACUUUGUCCUCUACGUCGUGUUCCUGGAACUCGGCAUUUUGUCCUGGCUCCGCCUGGCCUGGACCUACCUCGACCACCUCCCCAAACCCAAAGAGGACGACUGCAACGUCCUCUCCGACGACCUUUGCGAGAUCCUCAACAAGGACCCCUUCACCAUCGUCCUCUCCAUCUGGGCCGCCUUCCAGCUGACCUGGGUGACGAUGCUGCUGUGCGUGCAACUCCUGCAAAUCGCGCGCAACCUCACCACCUACGAGUCGAUGCGCGGCCACCUCAACUCGCACACGGCCGCCGAGGCCGUCACCUCUUUCGUCACCACGGGCGACACAUCGCAAGACGUCGCUGGCAGCGCAGCGGGCUCAGGCCCACCGGGCAGCGCUCCCACCAACGGCUUCGGCUCCGGGCAGGACACGGGCGACGCGCCCAAGCGUCCGCAGCCCAAACACUCGGUCUGGGACCAGUGGAAGCGGCUCCUGGGGCUCGACACCUUCGUCGCCAUUGCGCUGAACGGAUCCAAUGCGGAUCAGCGCCGGGCGCAGCGGCAGGCGCGCGGCAACCCGUUUUCUCGCGGCGUCGUCGCGAAUUGCAAGGACUUCUGGUGCGAUGGGGCGCCUGUAUUUGGGCGCAGAGAGGGCGGGUUUGCGAAGCUGGGCGGCGAGCGCGUCGAUUAUACGCGCUUGUUUGAUGUUGGUGAUAUCCCCAGGAUGCGGUAUGCGAGGGCCGCUGGGGAGAGCCUCGAACAUGACAUCAUCCGGGGUGAUGCGCGGGCUCAGGACCCUCUCGCGCACCACUGCGCCGAGGAGGGUUCUGGCGACUGGGGCGAGCGCCAGAACUCGCCAGACCCAGAAAGAAGCCACGGGCCCAUUGCUGAGUACGAUGCGCGCGUCGAAUCAGGCCGGCUUCGAGACGACGAGCACCAGAGAAACAUUAUCAAGAACCUGCAGGAUCUCCACGACAUGCUCGCAGACUACACGCAACCGCCCGUCCAGCAGCCGACCAUCGAAUCCCUCCAACCGCCCAAGAAGUCCCUCUUCUCCUUCCUCUCCUCCUCGGAGCCCAAAUCCACCAUGCCCGCGAUCCCCGCCUCCCUUCCCAAAGGCAUGUACAUGUACGGCGACGUGGGAUCCGGGAAGACGAUGAUGAUGGACUUGUUCUACGACACGCUCCCGCCCAGCAUGGAGCGCAAAACCCGCAUCCACUUCCACGCCUUCAUGCAGUCAGUGCACAAGGACCUGCACAAAAUGAAGAUGCUGCACGGCAACGACAUGGACUCGAUCCCCUACGUCGCCGCCAACAUCGCAGAGCGCAGCUCCGUCCUGUGCUUCGACGAGUUCCAAUGCACCGACGUCGCCGACGCCAUGAUCCUGCGCCGCCUUAUGGAAGCCUUGAUGGCACAUGGCACCGUCAUAGUCACGACCUCCAACCGCCACCCGGACGACCUGUACAAGAACGGCAUCCAGCGCGAAUCCUUCAUCCCCUGCAUCAACCUGCUCAAGCAGCGCCUCACCGUGCUGAACCUCGACAGCCAGACCGACUACCGCAAGAUCCCGCGCCCGCCGAGCGGCGUGUACCACCACCCGCUCGACGCCUCGGCGAAGACGCACGCAGAGCGCUGGUUCCGCUUCCUCGGCGACUUCGAGCACGACCCGCCGCACAGCGCGACGCACCAGGUCUGGGGCCGCGACAUAAUCGUCCCCAAGGCCAGCGGCAAGUGUGCGUGGUUCAGUUUCGACGAAAUCAUUGGCCGCGCCACGGGCGCCGCCGACUACCUCGAGCUGAGCAAGGAGUACGAGGCCUUCAUCAUCACGGACGUGCCGGGCAUGAACCACAAGAGUCGCGAUCUGGCGCGGCGCUUCAUCACCUUCAUCGACGCGCUGUACGAGAGCCGGAGCAAACUCGUCCUCACAACCGCCGUCCCGCUAACCCAGCUCUUCCUCUCCGCGGACGAAGUCUCAGACGCCCUGAGCCAAUCCACGACCAAAGGGCAGCUCCCGGCUUCGGCCGACGCGGGCGAGAAUCUCGACGACGCGAUGCGCAGCCUCAUGGACGACCUGGGCAUGAACAUGACGAUGCUGAAGAACUCGAGCAUCUUCUCCGGCGACGAGGAGCGCUUUGCGUUUGCGCGCGCCCUGAGCCGGCUCAGCGAGAUGGGCGGCCAGGAGUGGGUUGAGCGCGGCCUCGGGCUGGAGAAGCUGGGCGGCAGGCCCGAGCGGGAUGCGUGGCAGAAGGUCAGGAGUCAUUGGAGAGAGGACUUUAUGUGA